AAUCACCGACUUUUUUUGAGUCCCUUAGAGGAGUCAGAGUAAUGCUUAACAAAGUCUAAACGAUUGUAGGAAAUAUUCGUUGUAUGCGUGAUGUUUAUGCAUUUAUAUCACAUCGUUUAAGUGCAAUGCAAUUAUUGUAAUUAUUUUCAAUUGAAUAUUUUUCAGAAGCAGCUGUUUUUUAUUAUUGUUAUUGAUACGUUUUAUAUGAAACACAUGCGCUAUUUAUCGAGAAACAAUCAUCCAUAAGAAGUUGUAAUAUUGCAGCGAAGAUGUUUGGUAAACGCGCAGUGAGUGCCUGUGCGAGUGCAAUUCGAUUAUUAAAUUUAAGACAAUCUACACAAAAAUUGAAAGUACUAAAUGUAAGUUAUACAGAUUGCGCGCCUUUACGUCCAAAGAAAGCUAAAUCAACUAGAAAAGAAACAACUUACUUUGCCGAUUCGAAAUAUGUGCGCGUAAUUGCUGGUAAAGGUGGUGAUGGUUGUAUUUCGUUCUUGCAAUUGUGGUGUAAUGAACGUGCUGGUCCCGAUGGUGGUGAUGGCGGUAAUGGCGGUCACAUCAUCUUUCAAGCUUCAAUUGAUGUACGUAAUCUAAAUCAUAUCAGUUCAAGUAUUCGUGCGUCCGAAGGUGAAUCAGGAAGAAGUAAAGAUUGUCAUGGCAAGAACGCACAGCAUACAAUUGUGAAGGUGCCAGUAGGUACUAUCAUACGUGAUGUCAAUGGUCAUGUGGUCGGUGAUUUAGAUCGAGCUGAUUUAAUGUUUGUAGCUGCACGCGGUGGCGCUGGUGGUAAAGGUAAUCACUUCUUCACAACCGAACAAGAACAUGCACCAAAAGUAUGUGAAUACGGUCCUCCUGGUGAAGAUGUUUCAUACAUUUUGGAAUUACGUAGUAUGGCUGAUGUAGGUUUUAUUGGAUUUCCUAAUGCUGGAAAAAGUACUUUAUUAAAUGCCAUAACUCGCGCCAAACCUAAAGUAGCACCUUACGCUUUUACAACUUUACGUCCACAUUUAGGAAUGGUGCAGUAUCAGGACCAUGUUCAACUAGCUAUCGCUGACUUGCCUGGUCUGAUACCAGGUUCUCAUCUGAACAAGGGUUUGGGUAUACAGUUCUUAAAGCAUGUUGAACGCUGUUCAGUAUUGUUGUUUUUAUUGGAUGCUUCCAGCGAAAAACCAUGGGAACACUAUCAACAGCUUGUGUAUGAACUAGAAAUGUUCAGCUUACAUUUAGGGGAUCGGCCACAAAUUGUAGUGGCUAAUAAAAUAGAUCAACCAAAAGCUUUAGAUAAUGUUGAAGAGUUAAGAAGACGAAUAGAAGCACCUGUUAUACCAAUAAGCGCUAAAUUGGGUACAAAUCUCACAACUUUACUAACAAUGAUGCGAAAAUUUUGUGAAAAACAAAAUAAAACAAAUACUAAACUCGAGAAAUUGUAAAAAUAUCAAUGAUGGUUCAUUGUUUGGUUUAUGCUUGUAAAGAUAAUAUUGUUAAGAUUGGAUUUAUGAUCCGGUGCAUUAAGAUUGGAUUUAUGAUCCGGUGCUUGUAGUUAUGAAACGGAAACAUUUGCUUAGUUAUUAAACAUAAUUAAGUAUUACCACUCCUAUAUCUUUAGAACAUAAUUUCAAGCAGUGACGAUUGCUCUAAGGUGCGGAGGUGUGCGGUGAACACCCUAACAUAAUGUCAAAGAACAUAGGUAUA